AUGGCCGAACAGUUCGUUAACUUCUACUACGAGACCUUCGACACCAACCGCGCCGGACUCGCCCCUCUCUACCGCGACCAGUCCAUGCUCACUUUCGAGACCAGCUCUGUCCAGGGUACCGCUGCCAUCGUUGAGAAGCUGAGCAGCUUGCCCUUCCAGCAGGUCCGUCACAAGCUUGCUACUUUCGAUGCCCAGCCCUCCAGCGACAACGGCAUCAUUGUCCUGGCCACCGGUGCCCUCCUGGUCGAUGAGGAGCAGCAGCCCAUGAGCUAUACCCAGCUCUUCAAGCUGCAGCCCGACGGUGCCGGCAGCUACUUCGUUCUCAACGACGUCUUCCGCUUGAUCUACGCCGCAUAA